AUGGCGGAAGCUCCACGCAACACGAAGUUACCUUCAGGUUUUGAUGAGGAGUUUGUGUAUGACGUUGAAGAUGACUUUCUUUGCUUAAUUUGUCAACUGCCGUUGAAGGAGCCUGUACUUACAAGAUGUGGUCACAGAUUUUGUAAUGCAUGCCUUGAGGAACAUUUGAGAAGGUACGCGUUAGCGACUGAAUUCUAUUUAAUGCUGAGUAUAACUUUGAUCCGAAAGCUUGCCACCCUCAAAGUAAAGUACGAACUCCGGCACUGCGUUCCAGUAAACACCCGGACGUCUCGUCAGCGAAGAACCGAAGUUCAUUUACUGAGGCAGACGACACUCUUACCUUAGUAGAUUUAUUAGUCGAAGACAAUGGCAUUCAAGUCGUUCUAGCUAAAUCUUUUCAAUAGGGGACUUAAUUGAUACAUUCGUGCCCUUUAGUGACCACUCUAGAUAUGUCAUUGGCAUAGUAAUCAGUUACGCUUGUUUUCUAUUUAUCUACUUUUGUAAUGACAAAAUGUUUUUCUUUUCCUCUGUUUAGAGAUGAGCAGCCAUUGUUCGCUGUCAUUGAUCUGUUCAGGAAUGCAGACAAUCUGGUUUCACAUGACAGCAAUGGUUGCUCUUGCGUAACCUGGCCCUCUAGCCUGCGUGUAGACGUCUCCUUUUUUCUUGAAAACAAAGCGAAGACAAAGAAAUAAAGAUGUCUGCACGCGCGGUACUGAUCUUCCUAUAAACGGAACAUAAACUUUAUCAAAUAUUGAAAAAAUGCAUUACGCGCUACUGUGGAUUUUAAAGAUAUGCUCAGAGAGCCUGUGCUAAAUCGUUAAAUAUCAGUUAUUCUAUUUUGUGUCGAAUAGGAUAGAAACCUUGAAGUGUUAGUAGUCGACCUUGAAAGCUAAGCUUUACAAAAUUUGUUAGUAUCGAUGUGAUUGGAAUUUAUGCGCAAGCUUUAAUGUAUUUUAAAAGGGAACACUGGUCUUUGAACAAACGUUUAAACCAUAUUUGAAAUUAAUUGCUUUUAGACACAUUUUACACUUUCAAACCACUAGCUCCUAACAAAGAUGGUGUAUGUACCGCUUUUCAUCUGUUUAUUUGUUUAUUUAUUCAGACAAGAAGCUCAGAACCAGCCUUACACUUGUUCCGCGGAUAGGAAAGGCCUGGACCGAGACCGGGUAAAUCACUUUCAUCUCCCUUGUAACCUCUUUGUCUAUUGCGUUUUGGUCUUGUCACUUUUUUUACUUAAAGCUUGAACGCAAAAUGAAGCAUACAGGGUUAAAAAAAAAUGUGAAACGGGCUGUCACCAAGUGACAAAACACGAUAUCUUUUAAGCUUUUGGAGCAAGGCAGUCGCAUCCACCCAUUGACAAGUUUUUAUUCACGAAAAUGUGAGAUUUAUCUCAAAUAAUAAUAACGGUCAUCAUCAUCACCAUCAUCAUCCUCAUCAUCAUUGUUUUCAUCAUCACCAUCAACAUAAACGUUGGCUAAAGAAUUAUAUAAAAAACCGUCCUUUAAGUCGAAGACAGUUCAUAGAGGCACCUAUUUACAGAGGAUUUUUAAACCCCUCUUUGUUAACACGUUUUCCACAGUUCCCAUGAUCCUUUUCUAUUACAACACUUAAAGAUUCAUAUUGGAUUGAUCUUGAACACUUCGUUUAAUUUUCUUUCUAAUUGAACUGUAGGAUAUAUUUCCUGACAACGCAACAGGAAGGAAAAUUUUGUCAAUGGUGAUCAAAUGCCCAAGUGACGGUUGUUCGUGGACUGGUGAGCUGAGAGACAAAGAGGUAAAAACUCAAAGCAAAAAUCAUAUCUAAGGAGCGGUGGAUAACUUGAUCAUUUCCAAGUUGAGUAGGCCCCAGUCUCUUUCAGUCACUUUGAUACUGAAUGAAUCAAGUAUUUUACUUGUGGCGUUACGUUGCUAAGCGUUCUGAUGACUGAAAGUAUGGAGGUCGGGUAAAUAACAAAUGUGGAGGGGUAAAAGCUCAGAUUCGUAGAGUCAGUUUUGGCCUCUACAAGUCUCCCAGUCUGUUGCAUAAUCGUUAUCAGAACAGAUGAUUCAGCUGAAUUACAACAAGUCAAAAAAGACUUUUUCGUCACGCCCUCUGCAAAAAUAGACCUUUUUAGCUUGUAUGUUUUGUUUUCCCAUUUCAGUCCAGGUGAAGAUACCCCUCAGAACUGUUUCUUUCGAAUGUUAUCAUAUGAUGCACAAGAGAGAAUGAGCUGAUUCAUUCUUUCUUGGCAUGCAUUUAUGAAAAAACAUGAUACAUUCGGUUGUCAAAAGUGACACAGACUAUUCUCAAUUAUUCGUUAACGAGCAUCCUCAUGAAUGUUAGCUAAUUUCUCAACUGGCAUCGAAACUAAGACAUUUGGUAGUUAGGCACUCAAGAAGAAAAAUGAAAGAGAUCUCUUUUUCUCUAGUGAUCUUUCAAUUCUCACAUGUUGUUACUUUUUAAAACAGGCUCACCUGCAAGCUUGCCUGUUUAGAAUUGUUACUUGCACCAACGAAAAUUGCCAGGCGACCGUGAAAAGAAAAGACUUGGAACAACACGUUGCAAAUACGUGCGAAUGGAGGAUCAUAGAAUGUGAAUACUGUGAAGAACCACACCCAAAGAAGCACUUGCAGGUAAACCCUCCGCCACAGCUUUCAGCUGACGACAUGAAUACCUCUUUCGACUGAUCUUGACUUAGCUCUGUGAGUGAAACUUUUUAUUUGUCGCCGUAGCACCGUGGAAGUGGCCCAUGGCUGCCGGCUUGAAUCAAACCUCUCAGGCAGUUUAUGGUAUUUCAUAAGAAGGAGAACAAUGAGCAAUAUAGGUAUCAUUCUGUAUUUCCAUUUGUCUCACAUUUCAGUUUUUUUAGGGUGCGUUCAAUUGAUCGUAUUUCGGAAUCAUUCCGCAAUAGAUAGCUUUCAUAGUGACGUCAUCAAAUUGUAAAGUCAAAUAGCGAGAUUUUAAGAAUUCUUAUUUACACUAGGUUGAAGAUAAACAAAAAGUAAAUCUUUCAUUCCCGUAGCAUGUUUCAUUUUGAAAAGUACAGCAAUUUGAACUUCCGAGUUUUCACAGUGCGUGACACCAAAAUAGGAAUGCUGUCUCGUUGAAAAAAAGUAUGUCCUCUUGAUUUUCAGCAGUAUAACCAUUCCAGUUAUUAGAAGAUAUUUUUAUGCGCACGUAUGCUAGUUCUCGAGAGAAAAGAGGGAGCUUUUAUAGAAAAAGUGAACUGCAGAUGUUUUUGUUGAUUUUCGGCGGCCAUAUUGGUGCACCAAAACUGUGCACCAAUAUGGCGUCUCCAUACAAAGCUCUACAAAGGUGCGUGAAACGUUUCGGCAAAUAACUCUGAAACUGUGGGCAACAAAGACCUGAGACUUGGACAAAUUGUUUAUAUAUUAGUCUUUUAUAACAUUUCAUUUUCUUCACCUCUUCUACUGGACGGUUUCCAAUUUAUUUUUUUGUUGCGUGACAGUGAAAACGAUCUAUACAAAAAGUUUUGUCAUAAUUAUCUUGUACCGUGAUUUUUGGAUUACGUACAUAUUACAUACAUCGGAAUAUUUCGAUUCAAGCAGAUUUCUAAAUAUUGCAAUGCAAUGAAUGCCAAAACAAAUGACUUCUAGAAUUUAUUCUUGGAUUCAUUCUUAUUCCGAAAUACAGUCAAUCGGACACCCCCGUAGUUAGCUUUUGAAUACAGUCACCCAUGCUCAAAAUGGCAACGAUUACUCAGUAAUAAGCAUUUCGUCAUUUUUAAAGACAAAAGAACAAACUGGUUAAGAAGCUUUGAAUAGUGGCACAGUAGCUAACGCCCUGUAGCACUUUCAUUGACUUUUUUCCAAUGGGAAUAUGCAGUCCUCCGAGAAGCCGAUUAGGAAACUUACAAUAACUUAGGCAAAAAUUUGGUUUGGGGUAGGGGGGAACUGAGUGUAUUAUGGGGAAGUGUAAAAUAGAGACUUGGGUAGUGCACAAAAGGAUUAGUUUUAUAGUUAUUUGUGUUUUUGCAGGAUCACCUGGAAAGGUGCAGUAAGAUUCCACUUGCUUGCCCUAACAGUUGUGGAGAUUUCAUUUCCAGAGAAAUGGUACAUGCAUUUUAUUGUAAUUUAAUUUAGUGACGUCAUUGAUGGUAUCGCAUAGUUUCAUCCAGGCAUAACUACUUGAUUGUCUUGGCAGUUAAUUUAGAUCGAUUUUCCCUUUAAAUAGACAACAAAUACCUCAAAGCGUACAAAUAAACUAGUUAUAGCUGUCGCUGAGUGCCAACGGACAACGAUUUUACCUAUACGCGUGCCGAGGUGAGUGCAAUUCCGACUUUACACAGCAAAUUUUGUCGAGAUAUUGAAGUUCGUGUUUUUGUCCGAAGUUGCGUAAAUUGCGUAACAUUUUGCGUAAAACUAAGCAAACUUAAAGUGCUCAAAAAAUCAUAUUUAAGUCCGCGAAUAUUCAACGUCCAAACCUCUAUUUGGUCUCUUUUUAAAGCUAAAAAAAAUUUAUGGUGUGCCAAUGAAGCCUUCCGAAUUAUUUUGCUUCAAAGACGCAAAUGAUUUCGCUGCGUUUUUAUUUUCCUUAGCGGCAUGUAAUAAAAAAUUCCAGCGGGCAAAUGCGACAGAUAUUGCAUAGGAUGGAAAUGAUCCACCCGACGAUUGGUUGAAGACGGAAUGAGCACGGGACUCACAAACACGCACACGGCUCGUGGAUUCUCUGAUCUGUAUCACCUGUUCGUUCGAAAACAAUGCAUUUUCUGUCCCGCAUUACGUCAUGGUUGCCUUACAUUACUCUAUGUUACAUCGAUUCGAGAUUUUUUCUGCCCCUGGAACAAUCGCACACGGCUCUAUUAGGCUGCCGCCUCGCAACCUCGCGUCUUCGCGAGGCUGCUCGUUGGCAAUAAAACAAAUUAUAUGUACACUACGGUGGAAACAAAUCGAUAUGCUCGUAAUCCUUAAAGCGUUGUGAUUAACCGAAGCUGGUUAAUGUUAUACAAAUAUACAAGCUGAAUAUAGAAAAUGUAAAUUUCUUUCAGACCUUAUAACCUCAUCUGCGGGCAGUCCAUCGGGUCCGGAGAAACUGCACGACCCGCAGUGUUUUUGAGGGCGGGCGGAAGGGACUUGAAAACGUUAGUUGUACAGUUUCUCCCGACGGACCCUUCUGGAUUGCCCCCAGAUCUCCGAAGAUAAACUGGGUCCUUUAAUUGAGUCAGUAUAUUGUCCUUUCUGCAUUCCUAUUAGCAUCAAAUUAAGAUAUGGGGAAGUCAUCCCCGAGGAGCAGAGUUGUUGCAGGAGGCUAACGAAAUAGGUGCCAAUAAGACCGCAAGCAGAGGCGGGAGGGUGGGACGACUUCACCUGUUACGCUUAGUUGGCAAACGAUAAUAUUUGCAUAAUCAUUCAACCUUAAAUAAUGCUAGUGACGGCAUUUGGAAGGCUACUAAUGAAGCAAAAGAAAACGUUUUCCGUGUUUGCAUAGCCUGAUAUAAACACGAGAGGUGUUGGGAGAAUUCGAGACCGUUAUGCAAACCUGAGGCGAAGUCGAAGGUUUCCAUACCUGUCGAGAAUUCUCCCAACUCCUCGAGUGUUUAUAUCAGGAUAUGCAAACACAGGAAAAACGUUUUCUCUUGCUUUUAUAAAACAACUUCCCGAGAAAAAAAGUAAAAUUGUCUUGUUUAGAGUAAUGAUUAAAAGACAAAUUCUUACCAGUCGCGAAGUCUUGUACACGAAGCUUGUACGCGUAAUCAGUCCUUGUAUUGCAAAAAAGAUGCUUUCCAAAAUACGGGUUUUCCUCGCUUAAAACGUCAGCUCAAGCGAAAAAAAAUUGACAAAGCAUGUUUCUAAAGAUCAUCCAAGUUUCAGCCGACGAGGAAAUGGGUAAAUAAAGUAAACUUGUCGAGGUUUUCAACUCAAAACCUUUUUCAAAUUCGCGCUUGCGUGAUUGGCGCGCGAAAAGCAAAACAUCUUGACGUCACAACCAUGUCUACAUACUCUCACGCAAACACGCCUCUCGGCCAAUCAGAGCACGUGUACUAUCUUAGUUAUUUUAUAAAUAUUUAUGGUUGAAUAGUUCGCUGAUUUAAUUUUAUCCUUUUCUUUUAGAUUCCAAAUCACAUUGAUAACGACUGUUCUUUGUCCUUAGUCUCCUGCCCGUAUGCUCAGAUGGGAUGCACUGCAAAGGUUUGUCCUUGAUCAUUUAAUACAGUAAUGAAUUUAACAGAGAUUUAAUACAUUGUAAAUUGUACAUGUUCAACAGCGAUGCGCUAAAAAUUCAACUCCGAUCGUUUUUCUUUAUUAUCAGGUGACGCCUUUCAGUUCUUUCACCAGCGAUUACAUCUACACCCCUCCCCCCACCUUUGGCACUUGGACGAUUUUUAGGCAAACGAACUUUUACACGCAUAAGACUCCAACAUUUCUUAAUAUAAGUAAAAGUUUGGGUAAAUACACUAUUUUUCUAAGAUAAUAUGUCUUCUUUCUGCAGUUUCAGCGCAAAAACGUAGAUUCACAUCUUCGUUCAUCCAUUCAAGAGCAUCUUGACUUUGCCUGUGUUAAACUUAACAGCACACAGGUUCAGUUGGAUGUAACACAAGCUCAGUUAAGGUUAACCCAGGAUCAGUUAAGAGGUACCCAAGAAACAACAAGAAAUCUUGAGGAGAAAUUAGGGGCACUUCAAAGGCAGAUAGAUAUGAAAGCCAUUACAGAUAAAGAUGGUGGCAACACACGUUUUAUUUGGAAGAUUAAAUGGUCCAGUGAAAGUCUAAAGCAAGCAAAGGAGGCAUGGACGAAAAGGAUAGAAAGUGAUCCAUUCUACACUGGACGUUAUGGCUACAAAUUAAAAGUCUUUGCUUAUCGUCACUUCACCGGAUACCAUUUACUACCUAUAGAGCCGCAUCUCUCGAUCGGUAUUGUUUUAAUGGAAGGCGAAUAUGAUGACAUGUUACCCUGGCCUUUCAGCAAGAAAAUAACGUUCACAAUAAUUGAUCAAAAUGAGGAUCUCGAAAAAAGACAAAACCAUGUUGAUUAUUUGAGGCCAAGUAAAAGGAAAGUUUCUUUAGAAGCGCCAGAAAAGUUAUUCUCAGAAAGACCAGGAGGAAAGUUGAAGUUGGUAGUUGGAGGUGAGCUACCGUAUUUUAUAUCUCAUUGGAAACUUCUAACAAGGCGCUACAUUGUAAAUGACACUCUGUUUCUUCAGGUCGAUGUGGGACCUAAUGACUAGUGUUAUCACGUUGUUCCGUUUCUUUUCAAGUGAAUCAUGAAAUAAUUUAUUCACUCCACAGGUCAAGAAACUGGAGGCCUUUUCUUGAGGCCUUUUCUAAAGAAAAGGUUAUUUGCGUUUUGGUAAACGCCCAUUUUGAGCAUACUGCUGAAAUGAGAACUUAUUUUACAUGAACUGCUUAAAGGCUUAAUUUGUAAUCAUUUCUUGUAAAUAAGCUCUGCCAAUCUAGAAAAUACGGAAAGUCCAACCUGUAUUAUAUUUUGUUUUAAAAGUGCUCACUUGCCCUUAUAAUAACUGUAAACUGACCUGUAUUCAGUGGUAGCGAUUACUUUUUUCAUUUUCCUCAUUGAUAUUAAUGAUGUACCAUAUUGAUACACUAGUUACAUUCUGUGCGUGGUGUUUUAUGGUCUUUUCUUUCUUUUCCUUUUGAGCAAAAGAAGAAGAAAACGCUUAAGUUGAUCGAAUCCGUAUAAAACUGUCAACCCGUUUUCAGCGGUCAUUUUGACCAAUCAACAUACUUCUCCCUAAUUAUCUCCUCACUUGUGAUAAAGAUUAAUAGGAUGAGUAUCAAAAAGAAGAUCUCUUUCAUUUCACUACGUAUACACCAUCAUCAUAAUAGAAGAUUAACAGUUUCUUUUCCGUUAACCCAGUUACAAAUACCUAUCCUACACUCGCGUUUGAGGUUAUUUCCGAAGAAUUAGCCUAAAUAGUUUUAUCUCCUAUGACGGGAAAACCUCCUCCCGCGCUAGCUUCCUCACGAAUAAGCAGGUUCCUGCGAAUAAGACCCAUUCCUUUUACCGAAAGUUCGAACAAACAUAUGGACGGUGUAAUCUGUCAGGAUCACGCAUCAUCUGUAUAAGAUUAUUACUUGUGCAGUCACACCCGGAAUGGACAGAAUGGCCGCAGCUAGCUAGAAAUCAAAGCUAAAUUUACUUUACAAGAGCACAACAGGCACAAAACUAUACCUUUACCCUCCACAGGCGCGGAUUCGGGAAUUUGAUAACUCUCAUCCUUUCUCGCGGAAUUGCAGGCAAAAUUUGAAUACGCAGGUGAUUAAGUAACAUAAUUCAUGAUCAGGGCUUAUAACACGUUUGACGCCUUCACUUGUAAACCACGAACUGAAUCAUAUCAGUGUUGCAUGCCAUCAUUUUGUUAGAAAUUUUAGUUUCAAAGCACUUUGUCUAUGAGUAAAGAGAUACAAUCUGUAACUUAAUGACGACUAAAGGGUUGUUCGGAAUCCCUAGUACCACCCCCCUUGAUCCGCCUUUGCUCUACCACUUUUCAUUACAACCGUUGUUCCAGCAAUUCUUUAUAAUUAUAGAAAAACAAGUAAAUAAAAAAGGUCUGUUGAAGUCGUAAAAAUGGGCCCGUUUCGGUGCGGUAAAAUACUGUCGUUCUUUUUUUGGGUAAUAUGUUUUGGCUCCCCUAAUCAGGGCUGCCAGACCACUGCAACUCUUUCAUAAUUCAUUUUCCGAUUACAGUGGCUUUUUUCUUUUCAAAUUCGCUAUGUACAAACUCUUUAACAGUCAAACCCAAAUUUAAGGACACCCGCUUAAUAUAGACACCUCAUUAUUACGGACAGUUUUCUUUGUCUCUGGGGAAAGAAAGCCCUUAAAUUUUCUCUAAAUUCAACCUGCUUAAUACGCACACCCUGUUACAGACGAACUCCACUUUACGAACACCCGCUUAAUACGGACACCUCAUUAUUACGGACAGUUUGCUUUGUCCCUGGGGAAAGAAAGCCCUUAAAUUUUCGCUAAAUUCAAUCCGCUUAAUACGCACACCCUGUUACAGACGAACUCCACUUCACGAACACCCGCUUAAUACGGACACCUCAUUAUUACGGACAGUUUUCCUUUGUCCCUGGGGAAAGAAAGCCCUUACAUUUUCCCUAAAUUCAACCCACUUAAUACGGACACUUUCUAUGGACCCUCAGUGCCCGUAUUGACGGACGGAGUUUGACUGUAAUUCUUUACAAGCUAGAUAAUCUGCUCUCAAAAUAGUUGAAGAAGCAAUACUCAUUGUAAUAAACAGUGCUCAGGAAAGACAGGAAUAAACCCUAAAGGAUUUUCUAUUACAUUUUUAUCCAGUAAAAUACUGACUUUUAUCGAUUUAGUCUGCGUAGCAAGCGUUUCCGUGCUGUUUCGGAGCAAAGAAAGACCAAGGAACGAGAUUCGCGGUUUUGGCCGCGCGAGAAAUGAAACGAGAGCCACCCGCUUACUCGCGCCAUUCUUCCCGCGGUCUUUGUUGGGCGGUCUUUGACUCUCGAAAUAGCACGGAAACGCUUGCUACGCAAGCUUUUAUCGAUUAGAAGAUCACUCGUUGCAAAAUUGAUGGGAAAAACGUAGACACGAAAGAAAACAACAAAAUACAAAAAUUAAACGAUUGAGGAGACGAGGUUCUUUGGGCUGUUGUUCGUACAAAAAAUACAUCGUUAAACUAAAUUCUUAAAAAUUGCCUUUCCAGCGGCUCAACAAUUGCAACCUUGAUAAAAAUAGUAUUAUCCUUGAUAAAGCUGCGAGAAUACAACUCCUUGUGAAACACAAACUCUCACACGCCACAGGCAGGUUCCGACGAUUGACUUGGUCUUGCUAAUCCUUCAGCGUUAAGCUGUAGUUCUUGCCUCAAAUGUCUUCUCUUCUCAACCAAAUAAUAUUGAUCAAGCAAGGUAAACAUCACCGAGUCUUGAAAUGGCCAUAAAAGAAGUCCGUCAUACUCUCCGACCAGAACCCUGAGGUAGAUUGACAUAAAAUUCCCUUUUUCCUGAUCAAGGGUGUCAUUGGUAUGGUAACCAUCAGGGUACAAUUCCAACACAAAUUUGUAACCGUUACGAGAUGAAUAGAACGGUUCACUAACUAUCACCCUUUGUUCGUUUCUUUGAGCAGCCGCCAUGACCGAUGAAAAGUUUGAUAUUUUCCAGAUAAAGGGGCAAUUCUGUAAGCGUUCCAACUUUUCUUCAAGAAACGAUAUCUUCUGAGCCUGUUCUUGAAUUGUCUCGGUCAAGGUAGCAACUCCUUUGCAGGCCAAGUGAAGAUGAGUGUCUUUCACGGCAUCAAGAUGAACUUGCAUAUCACGCCUUUGAAACUAAUGAAAUAAAACGUCAUCAUAUACUAUAUCAAUUUGCUGUUUAUGCCAGUUAUAGUGUUUUGUUAUGUUAUCCUCACUGCUCACCACAUAUACAGUAACCCUUUAACAUUCAUAUAACGAGGACAUCAGAAGUCUUGACAUCAGAAUGCACAGUUCAAUUAGCGAUUAUUAUCAAGCAAGUGUGACUAUAUCUACGUUAAUAGGGUAGCUGCACAUAAAGAAAGUGGUGACGUGGUGGUACUUUGGCCUUUUUGUGUUGCUGUUACAGCGGCCUUUUAAGCUAAUUCCCUUGAAAAGGAUGUACUACCCAGAUUUUUUUCAAACUUGAUCCAAUUGUCAGCCGUAUAUAGGACAUUCAAAAACUGCAAUAAAACGAUGGGAUCACCUUGUUAUUUUCGCCCUGUGUGCCCGUGAGUGUUGUUUCCUAGUUGCGCGCUAAGUAUUCGAAAGUUCAACAACCGUCAAAAUUGCUACCCUGUUAUUCAUAUAGCAAAUAAAAUGAAUCUUACCAAAACAUAAAACCUGUUUGUUUGUCUGGGCUAUAAUUUUUCAGUAAGAUGACUUCAAAUUAUUCGAUUUGAAAAACUGAAGAGAAAUGGACAGUUUGAACAUUAUCUCCUUUUUCUCUAUGGCUCUAAUGUGUAGUUUCACGUCAUUCUUAUCUAAAAAUUUACAACUUCCACUAUCCAGAUUUUUUCUCUUCAAGAUAUACUUUUUGUGUGGCUCUAACGAGUAAACAACACGAAUUAAAAAAGGGGGCACCGUCCUCGUUUCAUCGCAAAAAGACAACAAAGGAACAAUUUUGGCUUCAAAUGAUCAUUUUGCGCGAAGGGACUGGGGCCAGUUUCAAGAAAAACACCUUUUAAACCGUGUAGAGAUAUUAAAACCCUUUUGACCACAAAAAGGGCCUUCGUGCGAUAAAAAUCGUCGCUACCUUUGAGGUCACAAUGUUAUGCGCAGUAGGCGAUGGGCAGUGCAAAACAUAGGAAUUUUAAGAUAUUUGAAAGAUAGGAGAAUCUGGUUUGGUCCUGGUGUUUCUGUGCUUGUUUAAGCAAGAAAUUAGACUUUCUCACGGUUUAUCCAUUCGACCGUUCGAUGUAGCAGCCCUCUACCCCUAAAACAUUUUUUAUGGUCUCUCUCGGUUGAGAGAUUCACAGCUGCCUAUUAAAUGCGAGAUCAUCUGCGUAUGAAAUUAGUUUCGCAAAAUGGCCGAAGCGCCACCUAGCAUGCAGUUACCAUCAGGUUAUGACGAGGACUUUGUGUUUGAAGUUGAAGAUGAUUGUCUCUGCUUAAUUUGUCAUCUGCCGUUGAAGGAGCCAGCUCUUACAAGAUGCGGUCACAGAUUUUGCAAAGUAUGCCUCGAGGAACAUUUGAAAAGGUACGCCUUUCUGACUUAAUUCUAUUGAAUGUUGAGCGUUGGAGUAACUUUGAUCUUUUGAUAAGUGGAGUACGAGUUCCAGCACUGUGUUCCUGUCAACAUCUCAAUUUUACGCAGGUUACGGACAUUUCGUUAACGAACAAAGACGGACUUCAUUUUUUGACUCAGACGGCAGUCGCCCCAAUUUAGUCGAUUUAAUAGUUGAAGGCCAUGUCAUUCAAAAUGAGGAGAAAUAAAGCUAAAAGAUCUGUUAAUAUCGAUAGAUUCGUGCACUUUAGUAAGCACUUUAUUGGUACAGUAGUCAGGUAAACUUGUUUCCUAUUUAUCAACUUUUGUAAUGAGAAAAGUGUUUUUCCUUCCUCUGUUUGGAGAUAAAGUAGCCAUUGUACCGUGUUACUCAUCUGUUCAAGAAAUGCAGACAAUCUGGUUACAAGUGACCCAUGCAUGGCAAUAAAUCAUGUUUGCUCUAGCUUAACCUGGCCUUCCUAAAAGAGCAUAGCAGUUUAUAAAAUUUCUAACAUAGAUCACACGCUUCUGUGGAUCUAUGCUCGAAAGGCCUGUGCUUAGUCGUUAAAAAUUAGCCAUUAGUAGUCGCCAGAAAAAAAAUUUAUAUCAUGGCGGAUGUAGUUGGUUGCACGAUUCCGGCUAUUAUGUGUCGAAUAGGACAGAAACUUUGAGUUGUUCACAGCUAAGCUUUACAACUUGCAAACGUAACCUUAUGCGUAAUUAACGGUUACUUUGCACAUUUUUUUGUGUGUCGAUGUGAUUGGCCUUUUAUACGUAUGUUUCAAUGCUUUUAAACGGGAACACUUCACUGACUGGAACAAAACUUGAGUUUAACUAAAUCUGAAAUUAAUUUCUUUAAUUUAGACAAAUUAGUUAACACUUUUUUAAAAACACGCUUGCUUCUAACAGACUGGUAUUGACCCCCCUCAGUUUUGAUACGUAAUUUGCAUCUUUAUUUUUUCGUCUAUUUAUUUGUAUAUUUAUUCAUUUACACAUUUAAAUUAUUGCCUCUCACACCGAAAAACAGACAAGAAGCUCAGAACCAGCCUUACACUUGUCCUGCAGAUAGGGAAGGCCUGGACCGAGACCGGGUAAAUAACUUUCAUUUACCUUGUAACCUCUGUGUCUAUUGCGUUUUGGUCUCGUCUAUUUUUUUACUUAAAGCUUGCAUGCAAAAUGAAACAUACAAGGUAAAACUGCGAACAAACUAUUUAUUAGAACAAGACAGUCGCAGACACGCAUUAACAUUUGUUUCCAUUGAGGACAAUGUGAGAUUAAUUUCACAAGUAUUUCAGCAAUUCGAAGCAAGGCCAUUCUCGUCCCCAGAGCCCGUCGUUUCUUGAUCACGUGGUCUUGAAACGAGGUGUUCGUUACAAAUUAAGCCGAGUGGCUCUGGGGAAGAGAAUGAAGCAAGGCCACUUUCGAAUAAUAGUAAUAGAAUAAUAAUAAUCAUCAUCAUCACCACGAUAUUCAUAAUAAAGAUCUUACGUUCUAAUCAAACGUUAAAGCUUACAAUGUACUAAAGAAAUAUGAAAAAAAAUGUCCUUUGAGUCAAAGAGGCAUCUAUUAAUUCUGACAUCAAGAGAGUAUUUUUUAAAUUUCUCCGUGUUAACACGUGUUCCACAGAUUCCCAUGAUCCCUUUCUAUUACAACAGUUAAAGAUUCAUAUUCGAUUGAUCUUGAACACUUCGUUUAAUUUUGUUUCUUGUUGUUCUUUAGGAUGUAUUUCCUGACAAUGCAACGGGAAGGAAAAUUUUGUCAAUGGUGAUCAAAUGUCCAAGUGACGGUUGUUCAUGGACUGGUGAGCUGAGGAACAAAGAGGUAAAAAAUCAAGAGCAUCAAUUAUAUCCCAGGCACCGGGUUGAUUCAGUUCGUGUUAAACAUGAUCAUUUCCAAAUUGAGUAGACCCCAGUCUCUUUCACCAGCUUUUAAAACUUACUAAAUCAAGUAUUUUACUUUUUAAUACAGCCCUACGUUUACAUGUGCUACGCGUGUAUUAUGCAACGUGUGGAGGGGUGAAAAGGAAAUGUGGAGAGGUCAAACGCCAGAUUCGCACAGCCGGUUUGUAACUGGAAUGCGCGUGCAAGUCGACUUUUCUGCGCCUGAAUUGUUUAGAUUUCAGGACAAAUGUACACCACAACCUAGACCGGAAUCCGGGAAAUUUUUGCUGGUAAAAUUGGAAUCCGGAAAACAACUCAAGGAAUCGGGAAUCCCACUAAAGCUUGAAAUCCAGAAUCCAAGUUCCACUUACAAUGACUGUAAUUCAGUACAUGGAGGCUCAGUACUGUUUUGAAUUCCCUUACAUGGCGCGAGGGCUGCCUUUAGGCCUUCAAAAGAAUUCCCUUGGUAUUGCAGACAAACACUCUCCGUUAAGUUUUGCACUAGUGUUGUGCAAAUAGGUAAAGUAAACUUCUUUAUGUUGUUAUUCAAGCAGAGGGACUACAACCAUGCAGUAUACCAGAAACCAUGCAAGCAAUGACCACUACACAACCGCGACCCCAAUUAUAUCGUACCCUACACGCUUUCCUCUCUUAAUUCUUCAAAAUGUGUAUUAUUUCAAACAGGCUCACCUGGAGGCUUGCCCGUUCAAAAUUGUUACUUGUACCAACGAAAAUUGCCAUGUGACUAUAAAGCGGAAAGAUCUUGAACAACACGUGACAAACACUUGCGACUGGAAGAUCCUAAAAUGUGAAUACUGCAAAGAACCACAUCCAGAGAGGUGCUUGAAGGUAAAAAGAAUUGAAAAUAACAAAACUACGCUUUCAACUACAUCACGUAUUUUAAACGAAGCUUCCUUUUGCCGUAGUUUUUACAGCUGAUGACGAGUGAGACGCCUCUUUCGUUUGAUCUUGACUUAGCUCAGUUUUGAGCUGAUAUUAGCCUUUCACCGGCUUGUCCGCAGGUAGCGCUGUUUACUACCUCAAACGUGGCUUCACUGCAGUCAAAUGCCCCAGGCAGUGUUUUUUCUUUUAGUUAAAAACGUUUCUUAAGUUAAGAUCUUCCGUUGGGUCAGACGUCGAAUAACUUAGGACCAGUCGAACCAAUCAACUGAAUCAGAUCAAUAAUUAAAAAUUAUUGGAUGAGGUUUCGCAAAAUAUAAUGAUGUGCGAUACACUGAAAAAUCACGAUAUUUUGCGAUAACCGAGUGUCAUAAUUCUUUUAUUACUCGAUCACAAAGGUUGUUUUUCAAUUAUUUGCGAAGCGAUCUGCCAAUUUCAAGCAGGAGCGAUCGCAAGAAGGAGGAAAACGUGGUUUCACUUACGCAUGAGCAGAAUAUCAUUUGUAGCCUAACACAGUUGGAGGUCGUUGCGCGUGAGCAGACUAUUAUUUAAAGGCAGUCAUUUACAGGUAACGUUGUGGGCUCUCGGCCAAUAAAAAGGAAGAAAACUCUGUAUCGAAUGAUAAUACGGUUUAUACAAAAUUUGGCCCGAGAGCGGUCUGUGGGAGUAACAGACUGUAUUACUAUGGGGGAUUGGAAAACAAAGAAUUGAGAACUACAAGAGUUUCACGGCCUGAAAAAAAAUGACGUUUUUCAACCCAAGUGCAAAAGGAUAAAUUAGGUAUUUGUCUUUUUGCAGGAUCACUCGGAGAGCUGCAGCAAGUUUCCACUUCCUUGCCCUAACGACUGCGGGGAUUCAGUUCUCAGAGAAAUGGUAAUUGCAUUUCAUUUUAGUAUGGGUGACUUCACUGAUGGUAGAGUAAAGUAUCUUCGCACUAUACAGCUACGGUUACUCUUCAUGUUUGAAAAAAAAAAAUUAAAUUUAUCUCCAGUCUUCUAUGAGACAACAAAAGCGUCUUGACGUAUACUUACUUACAUCUUACUUCCGGUCGACGCCUAAAAAACGACGAGAAGAAAACUAACCCUAUAGGGCUCGAUCUCUCAUACAACUUUUCAGAUCUUGAACGUUCUAAAGACCAGUAUCCCCAGCAGUGUGUUUAGGUAUGUAGCUGUCGUACUUCCUCUUGCAUUCCUUCCAUGUGCAGGCACCCAUGUUAUCAGCCGUUGCACUGGAGAGCUCUCAUCGCGAAAAACAUUCUCCAGAAAGAGCGAUUCUUCUAUUUUGAAAGGUAGAGGUCACCUCUUUUCACCUCUUCACCGCUUUUCUGACUACCUUAAAGCUCGCUGUUUUUAACCUUGUCCUUCCAUGAUAUGUUUUUCACCAUUUGCAGCAUUCUUAAAUACGAAUCACACGUGAACAACGGAAAGAAGUCUUAGUCCUUUAUCAAGUGCUAUACUAACCUGAUCGAGCAUAUAGAAAAUGUAGGAUUGACCGUGACUAUGACCUUUACUUUGAACUCAGACUUGAUCGACCUUUUCAAAACUGCUGACUUGAUAAAAAGCACUAUCAUGAUGAAAGUUAUGCUAAGCACUGGGUCGUGCAACAUGCAGUCUCACCAAUUAUCAAAAUUCAUACUUGGGUCCAAGGCUUCGGGGUUGAGUCUGGGGGAUCAAUAAUUCAUUUCUUUUGUUCUAUUCCCCUCAGCCUCAAGGCCAAGUAUGAAUUUUAUCCUUUUAACAAUUCGAAACUGGCCAAUUGAAACGGUUCGCUUAUUUGAUUUUAUCAUUUUCUUUUAGAUUCCAAAUCACAUUGGUAGCGUCUGUCCUUUGUCUUUAGUGUCCUGCCCGUACGAAGAAAUGGGAUGUAUUGAGAAGGUUUGUUCUUAAUCAAAUUAAUUCUUAAUUUUAGAGGAUUGAAAACAUAAUACAGUAAACACCAUCUUGUAUGCGGGUGUUUACUGUACGUUGGACAUGAGUCAGGGGCACCCAACGAGAAUAUAGUUCAAAACCACUUAAACAUAGCAUUAUUAAACGUAUUUUUACUUUUUUUUCGUCCUGGCACUAACACAAUUACUAAGCAAACAAAAUUUCAUAAGGCAUAGAGUUGUAAAUAGUUUACACUUUUUGAUGAAUUUACUAUACUAAGCUCUAAGAUCAUUUGUCUUCCUUCAACAGUUUCGGCGCAAAAACGUGGAUUCACAUCUUCAAUCUGCCAUGCGAGAGCAUCUUGACUUAGCAUGUGUUAAACUUAACAACACACAGGUUCAGUUAAGAAAUACCCAAGAAACAACAAGGAAACUUGAGGAGAAAUUUGAAGCUCUUCAGAGGCAACUAGCAAAGAAAGUGGAUACUGAUAAAGAGGGUGGUAACAAACGGUUUAUUUGGAAGGUCAAUCCGGAUCCUCUGCUUCAGGGAGGAAGAAAUAGAAUGCUAGCAAAGGAAAGUGAUGCAUUCUACACUGGAUGUUAUGGCUACAAAUUAAAAGUGGGACUCUCUCUUGAUUAUCGUCGUGGACCUUUAAGUGACUGGACUUUCAAGAUUGUCGUCGUUUUGGUGGAAGGUGAAUACGAUGACAUAUUACCCUGGCCUUUUAGCAAGAAAAUAACGGUCACACUGAUUGAUAAAAACGAGGAUCUCAAAGAAAGGAAAAACAUUACAAAAUAUUUAAGCCCAAAUGGACAUGUGCAGGGAGAUAUAUUCUCCGGAAGACCCAGUCAGUAUUUGAGGCUACGCGAUGAGAUGUUGCGUUUCUCAUCUUACGGAGAACUUCAAACAAGGCGCUACUUUGCAAAUGAGACUCUGUGUUUUCAGGUCGAUGUAGAACCUGAUGACUAG